UUCAAAUGCUCAGUGUGUGUUAAAAUCUUCAAAACUAGACGAAAAUUGAGCAACCAUGAACGAACGCACAAACGUGAUAAAAUAUAUAAAUGUGAUAUCUGCAGUAAACAUUUCUAUAGUAUUGGCCACUACAAACAACAUAUCAAGGUUCACUCAGAGUUACGUCCCUUUCAGUGUGAUAUAUGUGGCGCCACCUUCCGUCAGAGUGGUGGUCUUUAUUCUCAUCGAUCUAUUCACACUGGAAACAAACCAUAUAAAUGCGAUGAAUGUGAUAAAUCAUUUAGAAUGAAAAAUUGCUUACAGACUCAUCAAAGAGUACAUAGUGGUGUCAAACCCUAUAUUUGUCAUGUUUGUGGUAAAGGUUUUGGAAGCAGCUCUCAUUUUAGACGACAUAAAGUUAUUCAUACUGGAGAAAAACGUCAUCAAUGUGGCGUGUGUCAGAAAUGUUUCCAGUAUUCUCACCAUUUAAAACGUCAUCUAAAAACUCACAAUAAGACCCAGCCUAAUUCAAGAUUAGUCAAUGUUUGUGGUAGAUUAUACCCAACUUAUAAACAAUUACUAUGUCAUUCAAAGAUUCAUACUGAAAACAAACAUAAAUGUGAUGUGUGUAGUAAGUCAUUUUAUUGUGUCUCUCAUCUUAAACAGCAUCUUAGAGUCCAUUCUGGUCUGAAACCCUAUCAAUGCCAUAUUUGUGGUGCAACAUUUAAACAGAGUGGUGGUCUGUAUUCUCAUAGAUCUAUCCACACUGGCGUGAAAUCCUUCAGUUGUGAUAUUUGUAAUAAGAUAUUCCGUCAAAAAUCAGCAUUGGCACUUCACCAAAGAACUCAUACUGGAGAGAAGAGCUACGUCUGUGAAGAAUGUGGUAAAGCUUUUGCUACCAAGUCUCAGUUAAGUAUCCACAAACGAAUCCACACUGGUGAGAGACCUGCAGUAUGUGAAACUUGUAAUAAAUCAUUUAUUUCUACUAAUCAUUUGAAGAGACAUAUCAAAACACAUACAGGAGAAAAAACUUUCAAAUGUGAAUACUGUGAAAAGUCAUUUACUAACGGAUAUAAUCUUAGAAGACAUAUACAAACUCAC